UAGCUCCGAGGUCAGUGAGGGAGGAUCAGUGACCACCAUUAUUCAGUAGAGAGCUAAGUGCUCAAGCCAGUACAAGAGCAGCCCGGCUGCGAGAUGAAAAAGGCCAGGAGGAACGAGAGCGGCAAGAAGCUUGCGAGCAGAGCAGGAGCAAGGGCCAUCGUGUGGCUUCUGCUUCCUAUCCUCGUCUUCGUCCUGCUCAAUGCCGACUACAUGCCGCAGGUUCCCCGACUUACAGGGACCAGCGUUACCGAAGCUGCGGAGUAUUUUCGACAGUCGACUCACAAGGUUCCGUCUUCAGGUAUAGAGGAUACAAUAUGGCAGCAGCAGGAGCGACUACUACAUGAUGUAGCCAAGUUCAAAGCUGAGCAUGAUUCGGUCGUCGACGCACCACCUUCUCGCGAAUCCAGCCACGAGAUGGCUGGCAAGGUUGUCGGUGCGAACAGAGGUACAGAGAGUGCAAUAUGGAAGCAGCAGAAGCAGCUACUGCGUGAGGUGGCCGAGCUAAGAGCUGCGCACAAAGAACUACUACUUGAGGUAGCCAAGUUGAGAGCUGCGCAUGAUUUGGUCGUACGAGCACUACCUUCUCCCGCAUCAAGCGACGAGACGGCCGGCGAGGCCGUCGAUGCACCACCUUCUCCCCCAUCAAGCGGUGAGAUGGCCGGCGAGGCUGUCGGUGCACAACCUUCUCCCCUAUCAAGCGAUGAGACGCCCGGCGAGGCCGUCCAAGGGCAACCUUCUCCCACAUCAAGCAACGAGACACCCGGCGAGGCCGUCGAAGCACCACCUUCUCCCACAUCAAAUGAAGAGACGCUAGGCAAGGCCAACGAUGCACCACCUUCUCCCGCAUCAAACGACGAGACGCCCGGCGGCACCAUGGAUGCACAACCUUCUCCCCCAUCAAGUGACGAGGCACCCCGCGAGGCCGUCGAAGCACCACCUUCUCCCACAUCAAGCGACGAGACCCCCGGCGACGUCGUCAAUGCGAAGAGAGAUGUGGCAGCACCAAGAAGCAAGUCAACUUGCGAUUUCAGCAGUAAACGCAUGGACAUCUGCGCCAUGAAAGGUGAUGUCCGUGUGCAUGGCAAGGCCGCCACAGUGUACGUGGUCUCAGCGUCCGAUGACAGCUACCGGCCUGAGAACGGGAUGAUGACGAUCCAUCCGUACCCGCGCAAGUCGGAGACAGAGACGAUGCAGACUAUCAGAGAGGUGACCAUCCGCUGGAACGACCCUCCAGGACUGGAUGCGCCACAGUGCACGGUGAUGCAUGAUGUCCCUGCGUUGGUCUUCUCCACCGGCGGCUAUCUCAGCAACUUCUUCCACGCCAUGACCGAUGGCAUCAUCCCUCUCUUCAAUGCUGUGCGGGAGUACAACGGCCAUGUCCAGCUCGUGGUCACGGACUACAACCAUGAGUGGGUUGACAAGUUCCGAGACAUCCUCGCCGCGCUCUCCAACUACCCGGUCAUCGACUUCGACGCCGAUAGCGAGGUACGUUGCUUCCCGUCGGUGCACGUCGGCACCGAGAGCCAUAAGGAGCUAGGGAUCACCCCUGCCCUCUCCCGGAAGGGCUACUCUAUGACGGACUUCCGGGACUUUCUCCGGUCAGUCUACUCUCUGAAGCGUGAGUGGUCAUUCCCUGUAAACCGGGCCUCCGGCGAGAGGCCACGUCUCGCCAUGAUACUACGGCGCAACUCGAGGACGUUCACAAACGAGGCGGAGGCCAUGGCAGCAGCCAUGGAGGUCGGCUUCGAGGUGGUGGCGGCAGGGCCGGAGGCCAUGAGCGACAUGGCCCGGCUCGCGGAGGUGAUGAACUCGUGCGACGUGAUGGUGGGCGUGCAUGGGGCUGGGCUCGCCAACAUGGUGUUCCUCCCCCGCAACGCCACGGUGCUGCAGGUCGUCCCGUGGGGCGACCUGAGCUGGGCGUCCUUCAGUGCCUUCGGCGCGCCGACGGCUGACAUGGGGCUCCGGUACGUCAAGUACGAGGCGACCGCCGAGGAGACGACGCUCAAGUACGUGUACCCGAGUGACCACGCCGUCUUCACCGACAUCCCCUCCAUAAGCAGGCAGGGGUACAGUAUGACAUGGCGGAUCUUCCUCAACGGCCAGAACGUCACGCUCGACAUCGACCGCUUCAGAGGGGCGCUCCAGCAAAUCUACCAGAAUACUGUAAUGGCCGAUCCAGUCGUCGAAGCACUACCUCCUCCCGACGAGAUGCCCAGCGAGGUGGUCGACGCGAACAAAGAUCUGAAAAAGGAGGAAAAGGGGUUGCAAGCCAUGAACGGGGGAGUAGAUGGUUCUUUGACAAAACCAGAUGUGACAGCACCAAGAAGCAAGUCAAGUUGCGACUUCCGCAAUGAACGCAUGGACAUCUGCACCAUGGAAGGCGACGUCCGUAUGCACGGCAAAGCCGCCACCGUGUAUGUAGUCUCAGCAUCCGACGACAGCUAUCGGCCAGAGAACGGGGCGUUGAUGAUCCACCCGUACACACGCAAGUGGGAGCCACAAACCAUGCAGACUGUGCGGGAGGUGAUCGUCCGCUGGAGCGACCCACCGAGACUAGAAGCGCCACCGUGCACGGUGACACACGAUGUCCCCGCAGUGGUCUUCUCCUCCGGCGGCUACCUCGCCAACUUCUUCCACGCCAUGACCGACGGCAUCAUCCCUCUCUUCAACACCGCGCGGGAGUACAACGGCCGCGUCCAGCUCGUGGCCACCGACUACGACCCCAAGUGGAUUGGUAAGUUCCGGAAUAUCCUCGGCGCGCUCUCCAACUACCCGAUCAUCGACUUCGACGCCGACGAUGAGGUGCGUUGCUUCCCGUCGGUGCACGUCGGCACCGAGAGCCAUAAGGAGCUAGGGAUCAUCCCUGCUCUCUCCCGCAAGGGCUACACGAUGACGGACUUCCGGGAGUUUCUCCGGUCGGCCUACUCGCUAAAGCGUGAGUGGUCGACCCCCGUAAACCGGGCCUCGGGCGACAGGCCGCGUCUCGUCAUGGUGUUGCGGCGCAGGUCGAGGGAGUUCGCGAACGAGGCGGAGGCCAUCGCAGCUGCUACGGAGGUUGGCUUCGAGGUGGUCCCUGCGGGGCCGGAGGUCGUGAGCGACAUGGCCCAGUUCGCGGAGGUGGUGAACUCGUGCGACGUGAUAAUGGGCGUGCAUGGCGCAGGGCUCACCAACCUGGUGUUCCUCCCGCGUAAUGGCACGGUGCUGCAGGUCGUCCCGUGGGGCGACAUGAGGUGGGCGUCCUUCAGUGCCUUCGGUGCGCCGACGGCCGACAUGGGGCUCCGGUACGUCGAGUACGAGGCGACCGCCGAGGAGACGACGCUCAAGUACGUAUACCCGAGGGACCACGCCGUCUUCACCGACCCCCGCUCCAUACAGAAGCAGGGGUUCGGUGUGGCUUGGGGGACCUUCUUCAACGGCCAGAACGUCACCCUCGACAUCAACCGCUUCAGAGGGGUCUUGCAGCAAAUCUACCAUGAUAGUGUGUUGCCCGAUCCUUCGCUUGAUUCAGCUCCGGUCGUGGAAGCACCACCUUCUCCUGCAUCAAGCGACGUCGUCGAUGUGAACAGAGAUCUCGGGAAUGAGAAGGGGCUCCAAGCCAUGAACGGGGGAGGAGAUGGUUCUUUGAUAAAAUCAGAUGCGGCGGCACCAAGAAGCAAGUCAAGUUGCGACUUUCGCAGUGAGCGCAUGGACACUUGCGCCAUGGAAGGCGACGUCCGUAUGCACGGCAAAGCCGCCAGUGUGUAUGUGGUCUCAGCUUCCGAUGACAGUUACCGACCUGAGAGUGGGACGGUGACGAUCCACCCGUACACGCGCAAGUGGGAGCCACAGACUAUGCAGACUGUUCGGGAGGUGACCAUCCGAUGGAGCGCCCCGCCGGGGCCGGAUCCGCCAGGGUGCACGGUGACGCACGACGUCCCCGCGGUGAUUUUCUCCUCUGGUGGCUACCUCGCCAACUUCUUCCACGCCAUGACCGACGGCAUCAUCCCUCUUUUCAACACUGCGCGGGAGUACGAAGGCCGCGUCCAGCUCGUGGCCACCGACUACGACUCGAAAUGGCUUGGCAAGUUCAAGGAUAUCCUCGCCGCACUCUCCAUCUACCCCGUCAUUGACUUCGACGCUGACGACGAGGUCCGUUGCUUCCCGUCGGUGCGCGUCGGCACUGAGAGCCAUAAAGAACUAGGGAUCAUCCCAGCUCUGUCCCGCAAGGGCUACACGAUGACUGACUUCCGAGACUUUCUCCGGUCAGCCUACUCGUUGAAGCGUGAGUGGGCGACCCCCGUAAACAUAACCUCCGGCGGCAGGCCUCGUCUCGUCAUGGUGUCGCGGCGCAGGUCGAGGGAGAUCGCCAACGAGCCGGAGGCCAUCGGAACUGCCACGGAGGUCGGUUUCGAGGUGGUAUCCGCGGGGCCGGAGGUCGUGAGCGACAUGGCCCGGUUCGCGGAGGUGGUGAACUCAUGUGACGUGAUAUUGGGUGUGCAUGGCGCAGGGCUCACCAACCUGGUGUUCCUCCCGCGCAACGGCACGGUGAUGCAGAUCGUCCCGUGGGGCGACAUGAGGUGGGCGUCCUUUAGUGCCUUCGGAGCGCCGACGGCUGACAUGGGGCUCCGGUACGUCGAGUACGAGGCCACCGCCGAGGAGACGACCCUCAAGUACAUAUACCCAAGGAACCACACCGUUUUCACCGACCCCCGCUCCAUACAAAGGCAGGGUUUCGGUGUGGCUUGGGAGACUUUCUUCAACGGCCAGAACGUCACCCUCGACAUUGACCGCUUCAGAGGGGUGAUGCAGCAAAUCUACCAGUCUGCUACCAUUACAUAGCUGGAUUACGGCCGAUGUUAAGCGCAUCAAUGUGAUUUUUUGUUUUUGCUGCUUCGUUUCUGGAGUACUCUUCAAGUGAAGCUUAUCGAUAGUCAUAUCAAUCAUUUGUAAAUUAAUCAGCUGAGAGUAAAGCACAAGCUUCAUUA